AAACAAAAGAAAGACCAAGGGAGGGCGGAAAAAUAGGUUCACGGAACACAUUGACCGAGUCGGCCGGCGCGGGCAUUUUUUAAUACUACAAGAGCCACCCAAUAGUAUUAUUGUCGUCAGAUAUAUUUCAUAUUUUAUACGUAAGAUUUUUAUUAAUAAUACCCUGAAGUAUAUAUUUUUUAUCAGGACUCAACGGAGCCGUAAUUUAAGAGUGUCUCACAAUGCCCAGUAGCACAUCUUUGUUGGAAGCCGAGGAAACUGAGUCGGAGCUCCCGCCACUGGUAGUAGAAACAUUUGCCGGGAUAGGCCUGGAUGACCACGGCACCCAGUGCCACACCGAACCACAAGAGCCCCUUCUGCAUACACGUCCUGCCUCCCACUUCAGUCUACUCGGCACCGUGCUGGACCUCCAGCCCCUACCACUUCGUAAACUGCCGGCGGAGGAGGAUGACUUGGAAGAAGCCGAUGAAGCGGUAGUGGAAGAGGCUGAUUCCAACACGCUGCUAGCCCAGGCCCCGGUCCCCGGUCUAGGCUCUGUGAUGCUACCCGGAAUGGAGGCCGCGGAGACGGUCAUACUGUAUGGCGGAGGUCUUGACGACCAUACCCAGCAGCAGGUUGCUGGUAUGAUGAUUUUACCACCGGUGUACGGAGAGCCAGGAUUCGAGGUCGAGCACCCGGCGCUCGUGCGGAGGAAGAGCGUAAACACUACGGAGUGUGUCGCGGUGCCCAGCUCGGAACACGUAGCCGAAAUAGUCGGUAGACAGGGGUGCAAGAUCAAAGCGCUGCGGGCGAAGACCAACACGUACAUCAAGACGCCGGUGCGCGGGGAGCAGCCGGUGUUCGUGGUGACGGGGCGGAAGGAGGACGUGGCGAUGGCCAAGAGGGAGAUCCUCUCGGCGGCCGAGCAUUUCUCCCUCAUCCGGGCCUCGCGAAACAAGGCGGGGCCGCUGGCGGGGGCCGGCCCGGGCCUCCCCGGUACCCCCACGCUGGCGGGGCAGACCACCAUCCAGGUGCGCGUGCCGUACCGCGUGGUGGGCCUGGUGGUGGGGCCCAAGGGCGCCACCAUCAAGCGCAUCCAGCAGCAGACGCACACCUACAUCGUGACGCCGAGCCGCGACAAGGAGCCGGUGUUUGAGGUGACGGGCAUGCCGGAGAACGUGGACCGCGCGCGGGAGGAGAUCGAGGCGCACAUCGCCCUGCGCACCGGCGGCUGCGUGGAGGCCGCGCCCGACGGCGACGACUUCCACUACAACGGCACCGACGUCAGCUUCGAGGCGGGCGGGCCCGGGCCGUGGCCCGGCGCCGGGGGGGCGGCGACGGCGGCGCCCGCCAACGGCUGCGCGCGGAUGACGUCCAGCUACCGCAACGACAGCUCCAGCUCGCUGGGCAGCGGCUCCAGCGACUCGUACUACGGCGGGGGCCGCGCGGCCGACUACGCCCCCGCCAGCCCCUUCAACGGCAACAGCAACAACAACAACAAUGGCGGCGGCAGCAGCGGGUUCUGGUUCGGGGAGACGCUGCUGCCCGUGGGGCCGGACGACAUGCCGCCGCUGGAGCCCACGGGCCUGGAGAGCCUGGGCGUGACGGCCGCGCUGCCCGGCCCUCACCAGCAGCAGGCGCUGUGGAGCCCCUUCGAGCAGGGCGCUCCCCUCUUCGAGGGCCGAGGCCACGCCCCGCGCCACGACAGCCAGCCCGGCACACCCCCGCGCCUCUCGCCCACCUUCCCGGAGGGGGCGGAGCACCCGGCGGCCCGCCGCGUCCACAGCGAGCCGCUGAGCGCGCAGCCCCCCCGCUUCCCGCCGUGCGGCCCCGCCUUCUCGUCCUCCGGCGACAGCACGGCCUCCGGCUCGCCCCCCGACUCGGCCGGCUCGGCGGGGGGGUACCGCGCGCGGCAGGACUGCAUCCGCUGCCUGGAGAGCGACAUCAUCGCCGCCCUGGUGCCCUGCGGCCACAACCUCUUCUGCAUGGAGUGCGCCAACCGCAUCUGCCAGAAGCCCGAGCCCCUGUGCCCGGUGUGCCAGGCACCCGUCACCCAGGCCAUCCGUCUGCGCAACAUAUGAACUGCUGGGGGGGGGGGUGGGGGGGUUGGGCAGGGAGGGGUGUGUGUGCCUGUAUUGGUUCUCUAGGGGACAAUGAUAAGGGUUUGACUGGGGUGUUACUGAAUUUGGGAUGUCGGUAACUUUUUUUUUUUUUUUAGUUUGACAUAAUACUCUUACCCUUUUUUUAGAAUUAUUUUUUUAUUAAUGUAUCAUGUUUGCUACGACUGUUAAAGAUUAGGUGUAAAGGAAGUUACGGAUUGAGGCUAAAAGUUGUUGGUCACAACGUUAUGUUUUUCCCCGUUCAUCUCGCUGCUACGUUAGUUACCAGACGGUUCACCGGGCCUGUUGUCCCCGCGGCGCUGACGGUGGUACCGGGAGUCUCCUCUCUGGACCGGCCCGAGCGUGACUCCAGUACGGCCGUGCCUGCCGUCACGGGCUCUCUUUCAGAACGUUUCGGUUUUAAUCCGUUUACGAUUACUCGUGCCUGAAUGCCCUCUCCAUCCCACAGAUUUAGCCUCACGCGCUAACAGGAUCCCAAACGGUCGCAGGAAAGCCCAGAGCCUUCCAGAAGCCAUGCUUUCUUUCCCCCUUCCCCAAAAACACUAUCGUCCCUCCCCCCCCUCCUCCGUUGGGUCCUAAAGGGGAUGUUGAACGAACGGGAUCUGGUUCUUCAGAGCCGUAGCCUGUCUCUGCGGGGGAGGGGUGAAGUCCCUGAGCCUCCCCACACACUACAGCUCAGCUUUGGGUGCUGGGGGCCCCAACAUUCCAGCCGUAUCUGUUGGAUUUAAUUUUAUUUUUUUUACGGUCGUUUCCUUUUAAUGGCUGAGAACAGAGGUGCAGGAGAGCGCAAGGGGUACCCCCCCUCCCAGGGCGCACGACUACCCCGCCCCGUAUCGGUCAUUUAAACCCCCCCUCCUGCCCAGAACAAAGUUCAGUUCGGCUAAUGCCUUGCACGGUUGAUCAAAGAUUUUUAUCACGUGACCCCCCAUUUUUGUCCCACACGAACAAGGAGCAGAAAGCUAGAAAGAGAGGGAUGAGCGAGCUGCUUCUCCUGAGCCAGCGGAAGCCCCCCCCCCCCUCCACCCCCCCAAAAGAAAAACUUUGAUCCUCAGCCUCUCAAGGUUAAUAUUGACUUUUGUGUAUUGAUUAAUAUUAUUGUUAUUAACUGGUAAAUACAGAUUUUUAUUUUUUAUUUCCACUUGAAGUUACAUUUCGUACAUAUAAAUAAAUAUAAAUAUAUAUAUAUAAAUAUAAAUCUAUUAAAGACGUUUACAAAUACAGAUGUUUAUUUUAGUCCAGUGUGAGCAAGACUGGGCGUUGAGCCACAGGUCGCUGCGGCCCGUCAGCGUUAUUCGCUUGUAGUGUAGUUCGACAGUAUUGAGACCCGCCCGGCCGCCGUCUCGCGGGCCCGGAGGCGUGCACAUGCGCAUGUUUAUCAGAUGUACAAAAAGGCCAAGGAUCGCGCGCACAAGCUGCGUGUAAGUCUGUAAGCCACCUUAAGAGUUAUAUAAAUGUAUCUAAAUGUAUAGUACUUAUUCAGUAUAUAUAAUAUAGCUGUAUGUACAUAUGCACAUGAGGCUAUAUAUACAAAUAAAUAUAAAUCAAUUACUGUACCAACAGUUAAGUAUUUGCUAAUUUUACUACACUUUUGUUAUGUAUAUGUAGGGCAGUCUUAGGGCAUAUAAAUUCAAUAAAUUGAUUAAAGUUUAAAACAGACUAUAUUUUAUGAUAAAGGGCCUUUUAAGUUAUGUGGCCAAAGCACUGAUAUAUAUUUGCUGUAAAGAGAAUUAUAAGAGUUUUAUUUUUCUGAUAUUAAAGUUACUUAAUAAAGACGGUUUCAUUUUAAACAA